AUGGCAAAAGUGUCUCAGCGGAGCAAGAAGACGAUCGUUGACGACGAAAUCAGCGAUAAAACAGAGUAUGCGUCUGCUGCGUCCGUUGUCUUCAAAUCCAAACGCAAACGGAAGUCGCCGCCUCAAAACGCUCCUCCUCAACGCAGCUCCUCUUACAGAGGCGUCACAAGGCAUAGAUGGACAGGGAGAUACGAAGCGCAUUUGUGGGAUAAGAACAGCUGGAACGAGACGCAGACCAAGAAAGGACGACAAGGUUUUGCAUUGGAUUCCGAUGAUGUCGGAAACUCCUGUUUCUCCGGGACAGACUUCGUCCUCACUGUUCUUGAUUUGAUUUUUAAUCUAAUUUGGGGUAUUUUUGAUGGUGAUGGUGAUGUGGAAUGGAUGAUGAAUGCUGACUCAUCAACAUGUACAGUAUAUCUAGGGGCAUAUGACGAAGAAGAUGCAGCAGCACGUGCCUACGACUUAGCAGCAUUGAAGUACUGGGGACGAGACACACUCUUGAACUUCCCUCUGCCUAAUUAUGAAGAAGACGUCAAAGAAAUGGAAGGCCAUUCCAGAGAAGAGUACAUCGGAUCUUUGAGAAGAAAAAGUAGUGGGUUUUCUCGUGGUGUAUCAAAAUACAGAGGCGUUGCACGGCAUCACCAUAAUGGGAGAUGGGAAGCUCGAAUUGGAAGGGUGUUUGGCAAUAAAUAUCUAUACCUUGGAACAUACGCUACGCAAGAAGAAGCAGCCAGAGCAUAUGACUUGGCGGCAAUAGAGUACCGUGGACUUAACGCCGUUACUAACUUCGACGUCAGCCGUUAUCAAAAUCUACCGGCACCGGAAAAUCCUACCGCCGCCGCCGCAAAUCAUCUUCCGGAUGAGUCCGAUUCUGAUUCCAAGCAUGGAUCACCCGAUGAUCAAGCUUCGUCUGACGAUAACGAAUUCCCGAAAACAGAGGAGAUAAUCGAACCGUCUACGCCGCCGGAAGCUAUUCCAUCUCGCCGGAGCUUUCCCGACGAUAUCCAGACGUAUUUUGGGUGUCAGGAUUCCGCCAAGUUAACGACGGAGGAAGACGUUAUUUUCGGUGGUUUUAAUUCUUUCAUAAAUCCUGGUUUCUACACCGAGUUUGAUUAUGGGCCUUAG